GGUGAGCUGUAAUAGCAGGAGAGGGGAGGGACGCGAGGGGAUUCCUGGAAACCCACGCAGUCACGUUUAUAUUCACUUUCCAAACGUGGUGUGUCGGCUCGGGCUUGUUUUGCCUUGAUUUGGAGAGCACGGACAGACACACUGACACACUCACACUGACUGACACACACUCCCUCCCUCUCUCCCAGCUUCGCGUAUGAAGAGCGGCUUCCUUGUUUUCUCAGUUGCGGUUCUGCCAUCAAACAGAAGAGUUGCACAUCUCUGAGAGCAGCGAAGCAAUCGAGCUGACAGCCUGCAUCUCCAACCGGCAUCAACUGCGCGAUUCAAACCAUGGGGUUUUAUUAGUGGUGCUAUUAUCAUUUUCUCAGAGAAAUAGCUCGAACCACAGAAAUAUUAUUAUUAUUAUUAUUAUUAUUAUUAUUAUUAUUAUUAUAUUGAUGUGCAUAGGUCACGAUUACACAUCUUUUAAAUGCCAAUAGCAACAAUAAGUAGUAUUCGGUAUUUUAAAAAAAAGACAUUUCACUUUUUUUUUUUUUUUUUUUUUAAUAUUUGAAAAUAAGUAUUUCUAAGGAAAUAUAUAUUUUAAGCCGAAAAUAAAAGAAAGCAACCUCGUGAGGCUGAACAUCAUGGAUAAUAUUGGCGUAGGGGUGAUUCUCUACGCUGGCAGUUCCUCAGACAGCUCCAGCCCGGGUCCUGGCAGCCCCUCCAGUGGGUACCAGACACUGUCUCCCCGCUCCCAGGCCUCCUCCCCUGCGGAGGUCACCUUCACUGAGAUCGGGGCGCUGAAGCACAGGGGCGUCUUCCAGUUCCCUGAGGGGGGGGGCGCGGGGUGGCCCCAGCAGAGGUUCGGCAUUCUGAGCGCCGGCAACACCAACGCUGGGAACACUGGGACCAGAAGCAGCUUCAGCCACCAGCACAGCACCAACAACCACAACAAACUGGCCACCAGCAAGCACUGCGGCAUAGCGAGCACCCUCACCAAGGCGGGUGGGAUGGUGCUGCUCUGCACGGUGUGUGGAGACGUUGCCUCAGGAUUUCACUACGGGGUCCACGCCUGCGAGGGGUGCAAGGGUUUCUUCCGGCGCAGUAUUCAGCAGAAUAUCCACUACAAGCUGUGUGUGAAGAGCGAGACGUGUCUGAUCAUGAGAAUGAACCGCAACCGCUGCCAGCACUGCCGCUUCAAGAAGUGCCUGAGCGUGGGCAUGUCCCGGGACGCCGUGCGUUUCGGUCGGAUCCCGAAGCGUGAGAAGCAGCGUCUCCUGGACGAGAUGCAGAGCUACAUGAGCAGCCUCGGCGAAUCAGCAGCCAUGGACAUAGACUCCUCCCCCGGCCCCGAGGACAGCCAAUCGGAGGAGGCCAUCGGGGCCAUCUCAAGAGCCUACAGAGAAAUCUUCGUGACGGGGCGGGACAGGCUGGGCAAGAAGGAGGAGGAGGGGGGGACUCCAAACGACUACAACCUCAACCCCUGCCCCCCCCCGAACCCCCACACUCACUGCCAGGGGUACCCACCAUACCCACGCUGCCCGGCGAGAGGCAACAAGUCCACUGGAUUCGUCAAUAACAAUCAUUACGGCUAUCGAGCCCCGCCCCCCGAGACCUCCUCCUCCAAUCAGGGCCAGCAGCAGAGCGAGGCCCCGCCCACUCACAGCCUCUCGGCCAAUCACAACAGCAACGUGGCCGGGGGCUCCGGGGGUCAGAGUUCGUGUCCCUGGGCGAUGGGUGUCAGGGUUAAAGUGCUGGCCUGCCCCCUCAACGCCUCUCCCUUCUCGGAGCCGCGGCGCAGCACUCAGCAGGUGUGGGAGGAUUUCUCUCGCUGCUUCACUCCGGCUGUGAAGGAGGUCGUGGAGUUUGCAAAGAGCAUCCCCGGCUUCCAGCAGCUGAGCCAACAGGACCAGAUCCUACUUCUGAAAGCCGGGACCUUCCAGGUGUUGAUGGUGCGUUUCUCCUCACUCUUUGACCACCGGGCACAGGCAGUCACGUUCCUGGACGGCCGCACCUACCCGCUCCCCGAGCUGCGGGCCCUGGGCAUGGGGCCCCUGCUCGGCUCCAUGCUGGAGUUCAGUGGCAGGCUGGGCGCCCUGGAGCUGCAGGCUGACGAGACUGCGCUCUUCAUGGCUGUGGUGCUGCUGUCAGCCGAUCGCUCCGGGGUUCUGGAUGUGGGCCCGGUGGAGCGGCUCCAGGAGUCCCUGACCCGCUCCCUGCGCUCUCUCAUCAACCAGAACCACCCCCAGGACCCUGAGCUGCUGUCAAAACUGCUGCUGAGACUCCCAGAGCUGAGAACCCUGAACCAGCAGCACUGCGAGAAACUACUGGCCUUCCACAUCGAACCCUGAGCCAGGGGGACAGGGGACAGAGGGACAGGGGGACUGCAAGAAACUACUGGCCUUCCACAUCGAACCCUGAGCCAGGGGGACAGGGGACAGAGGGACAGGGGGACUGCAAGAAACUACUGGCCUUCCACAUCGAACCCUGAGCCAGGGGGACAGGGGACAGAGGGACAGGGGGACUGCAAGAAACUACUGGCCUUCCACAUCGAACCCUGAGCCAGGGGGACAGGGGACAGAGGGACAGGGGGACUGCAAGAAACUACUGGCCUUCCACUUCGAACCCUGAGCCAGGGGGACAGGGGACAGAGGGACAGGGGGACUGCAAGAAACUACUGGCCUUCCACAUCGAACCCUGAGCCAGGGGGACACUUUCUUUUUGCUGGCGUGGUUUCCACAUUUUGUCAUUUUUCUGUGUGUUGUUGUCUUGGUUUGACUGCAGGCGCUGCUGUUUGCUCAGUUGUUUAUUUUGUAUCUGUGGCUAAAGCAAGCCGUGCAAAUCACUCUUUGGACUCCGCGCAUUGUUACAAUCAUAUUAUUUUAUUUUUUGUAAUCUUGUAAAUAUUUCUUCUGUUCCCUAAACAACUGACUUGGGGCUCCGUCUCGGUCUGCUUUAUAACCCCCUGUACCCCAGAAAUCUCAGGCUGAACCCUAGCUGAGUAAAAUGGACACCGCACUGGUUUUACUGGGUACAGUGGGGUCUACUGACUGGUUUCCUAAGCCAGGGACACUGAAGUUUUCAAGUGAAGCUGAAGAAUUCUUCCUAAAUAACGACUCAGAGAAACUUGUGAUUUAUAACUUGUUGUUUUUUGUUUGUUCUGUGUAUCUGUAUAUUUUGUACAAAUGUCUUCCUGCAUUCGAUCAUGUCAAGAUAAUAAAAUAUGUAAAUAUAUAAAUAAAUCAGAAACCAGCUG